AUGGAUGACUUAAAUAUACGCAAUAGCACCAACACAUGGCAUGGCGUCACGACUUCAACGACAAAUCUGUCUCUUACUACACCUCUGCCACAAGAUACAGGACCCAGUAUGGUUGAUUAUAUCAAUUACAUGUUCCUCCCAAUAACUGUUUUCGUAGGCGUGGCAGGAAACCUGCUGACCAUUCUCGUGAUGAAGUCCCGAUAUUUCUCCACCACGCCCUCUUCAUACUUAUUGAUUUGCCUCGCCAUAUCGGACAGUGUUCUCCUCUUGACACAACCAUUUAAUAAAGCCUUUUUCAUUAAAAUAAUCGGUCAAGACGUAAGGGCUUUUCAGAGCGCAUUUUGCAAAUUGUAUUUCGUUAUUCGACGGGCCUCCAAAAUGACGUCAUCAUGGUUCGUAGUCGGUCUGUGCUUGGAGCGAUUUAUAGUUGUAUGGUUUCCUCUGAAAGCCAAGUUUGUUGUCACAAAACGGGUUUUGCUUGCCGGGAUUCUGACCGUUUAUGGCGUCAUCUUUUCUUUCACAGGCGCGUGGAGCUACGCUUCGGAGAUCGUCAAAGGAAAAUGUCAACCUGACGUAUACGACCGAAACGACCCUACCGCCAGAGAAAUAUUCGGAGCCAUGUUACGCACAGGAUCCUGCUUAUAUUCUAUAGCUCCCAUGGUAAUUCUGUUGAUACUAACACCGCUUAUUAUUGCUAAACUGAUUCACCACAAGCGGAAAAGAAAAUUCCUGACAGGAUCUUCAGCGAACAAGAGUAAAGAUGAUGGCCGUGUUACCGCUAUGCUGAUUGGUAUCGUCAUCGCUUACGUCAUUUUAGUGUUACCAAUCACUGUCCUUCAUAAUGCCGCCUAUGAACUCAAAAUCAGCGCAUUCUCCAGUAACAACGAUGGCUUCAACACCUUCAAAGAGAUAUCCCAGUUCUUGGAGCAACUGAAUUACUCCUCAAACUUUUUCCUGUAUGUGAUGACGUCACAGCGGUUUAGAAGCGUCUUAAAAGAUUUCGUCACUUGCGGGUCUUUCAGUUCUCAGAAUUCGCUAAGUAAACGUAGAACCAAGUCGACGACUUGAAUGUUUCACCUCAGCUGUUGUUUCCUCUUAACAAAUGUACGUACAUUGUAUUUUGUAUAUGUAUACUUUAUGUAUGAGAUUCAAAGUUGUAUUUGCUGUGUAACUGGAAUAGAUAAGUAUUGUAAACACUGCGAAAUCCCUUCAGGGUUUUUCCCCUUUCA